AUGAAACCUGAGGAGAUGGAUCCAUCCAUAAUGAUGAUGUACAUGCCACUAAUGGCUCGAACUCCUCUUCGCCCCAUAGCAGAGCCCCAAGAAAUUUCAGGACUUGUGACAUUCCUUUGCCUUCCUGCUGCUUCAUACAUUACAGGGCAGGUCAUUGUUGUUGAUGGUGCUUACACAGCAGGUGGUUUCUAAGCAACUCACAUUUUGAGGUGUGAAAAUAAGCUUCAAGUGUUGAAGCGGAGAGAUCACCAAACGUUAAUGUGCUAUGUUUUUCGGUAUCGAUUGAGUCAGAAAAUCUUCAUGUAUUUUGUUGCUAUGUUUGGUCUCUUUUUUUUUUCUCCCUUCCUUUGUUUGGCCUUGUAUUUUCUGUUAGUCCCCUUUAUAAUGUAGUUUCUUUGUUGAAUUCGG